AUGCUGUCAAAGCUUCCUGGUGUCGAGAGAGAGUACUUGAGCUACGAUACCCCGUGUAGAUCGGAUGAGGAUUCUGAGGUUCACGCGGAGUGGUUCACCUCUGAGUUUUUAAACGACGUUCAAUGCUCGGGAAUUCCAAACCGCAGACUGAUAUUAAAAGUUGGAGUUCUGAUCAUGCUUCUACGAAACAUAGACCAAGCAGCCGAUCUGUGUAAUGGGACCCGGUUUAGAGUUACUCAUCUUACUCAGUAUAUAAUUGUUGCGACUGUUUUAUCAGGAAUCAGGCUGGGUAAAAAUGAGUACAUUCCGAGGAUAACCUUAACGCCUUCUGACUCUGGUCUUCCCUUCAAGUUCUCUCGAAGGCAGUUCCCGGUGACUUUAUGCUUUGCAAUGACUAUAAACAAGAGCCAGGGCCAGUCCCUUUCUCAUGUCGGUUUCUACCUUCCGAGGCCUGUGUUUACUCAUGGACAGCUGUAUGUCGCUCUCUCAGGGGUGAAGUCUAGAAAAGGCCUGAAGGUACUCAUUGUGGAUGAGCAAGGGGUAGUUUCGAGCUCCACGCGCAAUGUUGUCUACAAAGAAGUUUUUGAGAACGUGUGA